AUGGAGCGGAAGAAGGCGCAGGAGAUCAUCGACGGGAUUCAGGCAACUGACCCCAAGACGAGGCUGAAGCACAUGAAGGAGAUAAAAACGUUAUGUGAAAUUUUAGGAAUGGAAAAAACAAAAAAUGAAGUCAUCGAAUUUUUGUACAACCUAAUAGAAGACGAUUCAGAUGUCCUCUUCGAAUUGUCAAACAAUUUAGUUACCAUAACAAAUUUUUUAAGCGAUGUAAAUGACUGUAGUUCCCUAUGUGAUUUAAUACUGCAUUUCAUUGUGACGUACGAAAGGGAGAUUAAUGUGAAUGCCUUUCUCGCCUUUAAUAAUUACGUGCAUAAAUGUGACCGUAGCACACUGAUAGAUAUUAUAUGCCCCAAAACGAUGAAGCUGGUUGGUAGCGAUAGUGAUAACUACCGAAUUGGAGUUAGCAAAAUUAUUCCAAUAAUAAUCGAGAGGUGCAUAGAGGAGGGGCAAGCUAAAUAUAUGAAGACGUUCAUCCAGAUAUUUUUAGAACUGUGUCAAGAUCAAAGCAUACUGGUAAAGAAAUCCUGCUGUGAAACUUUCUGCUCCUUCGUUUUUAUUUUAAAAAGGUAUAAGGAACUUAGCCAGAAUUGUACGUACGCUUCGGCGAAAGGGGAAGAAGAGAAGGGGAAGACACUUGCUUCGGAUGAAACAACUGGGAGGGCCCACGGAUAUGCACAUCAAACGGGUGCGAAUAAUGAGGCAGAUUGGAAAGGGGGGACACUCAGUGGGGAUAGGAAAGAACAACUGGAAGGAAAGCUCGAAAAGAGGGAAGAAGUGAAUGGUGUGAUGAGCACCCAUAAAACCGCAACACUCGCAGCAACCGCAGCAAGCGCAACAAGUGGACACACGCCAAAUGGGGAAGGAAAAAACAUCGAACAGGAAAUCAUCACCCUAAAAACGAAUGAAAAACGGAAACUAUUUGUAGAGAAACUGUGGGAAGGAGCGAAAGAAAUAUAUAGAUGCUUUUUUUCACCCAUCAAUGGAAUGGACGAAGUGCAAAUAAGCGCAGUGUCCAUAUUAGCAGAUGUGCUAACAUGUGACCCACAUUUUGUGAAAAAUUUAGAAGAGACGUUGAGGAACAUCUGUAAUGAUGAAAGCUGGAGAGUAAGAGCCGUUUUAGCAAAUAACAUUCACAGAAUUUUAAAAGUGAGAAAGAGUGAGGACAUCUCUAUAGUCAUUCUCUUACUACUGAAAGAUGUAGACAGUAAUGUGCGUAGUAUUGUGCUGAAUAAUCUGGACAAUAUUUUAGUACAUUCAAAAAUAAGUGUCAACAUAAUGGAUGAAAUUUUUGAUGAUUUGAAGAGAGACAUUGACAGCAAUAAUGUGCAUUUAAAAAUUUCUCUGUGCAAAUUGUUAUGCUCUUUACCAGACAUUUUGGACAAAAAUGGAUCCAUAGAAUAUAUCCUCCCGUUAUUUUUGUUAUUCAUAAGGAUAGAAGAAAGCGAUUUGAAGUCGGAUCUGUUCACCUGCCUGCAUAAAAUUUCGAAACUUAUUUCCUUUUUUGAUAUGAAACAAAUUAUUAUGCCUUUGUGUCAAGAAAUUGUUAAGAGUAGAAAUUGGAGAUUAAGGUGUACAUUAUUUCAUUACUUAAAAUUUUUUGAUCACUUUUUUUUUUAUCAAAAUAAGGAAAAUUUUUCUUCAAAUUAUGGCGAUUUCUGGAGCUUCAUAAACAUUGGGGCUAAAGAUAUGGUCUACUCCAUCCGAAUGGAGGUACUCGACACGCUCCACUUUUUAAUCAAGGGCAGGGGUUUCUCCUUUUUUGAAAAAGGAAUUACAUACCUGUUAAGUGACCUUAAAGAAUCUAGUAGCCACAUCAGCAGAAUUACGUGCCUGCAAUACAUUUCCAGACUUGUCAUUUAUUUCCCCCUGCAAUAUAUAGAAAAUAAGGUGCUAGCCAUUUUGGAAGAAUUGAACGCUGAUAAGAUAAGCAACGUGCGCUAUAACAUUGUUAAGGCCAUUUAUUAUGUGAAGAAUUACGUCAAGUAUGUCUUGUCUGUCAUAAUGAGUGACACGUACGACACGUUGAUGGGUAAAAUUAAGAAACUUGUGGAAAGGAGGAACAGGGAGAAUGAGGAAAUUGAAAAGGGUCCUUCGAAUCAGGGGGCCCAAGUGCCUACUUCAAACGCAGGGGUGAGCGCAGAUCAGCAUUCCCCUUUAGACACCAAGGAAGAUGCCGAAACGGAUGACGACAGCGAACAUGGUGUGCAGAAUUUCCUGUCCAACAAGCCUUCCGGAAACGAUGCUGGCUACUUUCACCUCUUGGAGAGUAGGCAGUGCCUCCUGAAAGAUCAGCUUAAGAGGAAGAAGUAUUCCUUUUUAAUCAACUCAUGCGCAGUUUCGUCCCUGACCUUUUACGACAAUAUGAAGAAUACGGACACGAAUAGGCGCUGCUGCGAGCGCAUUUUGAGUUUCCUCUCGGAGAAAAUUAAUUCGCUGGGGGCCGACAAGGACGCCGACGUGUCCACGGCAUCCAGGUCUCUGAAGAACGACGACUUCUUCUACUACGUAAGUUCCGUGAACACGUUCAGCGCGGUGUGCCGUCCGAUCAAGUGA